UCCGGUGUCUAGCAACAUUUUACUUCCUUCCACACAGCUCGACGCGAACAAACCACCAAAGAAGACGUCGUUAACUUUUAAAUGUGCCCGCUAACAGCCACGCUGUUCGCCUAGCGUUUGUUUGAACCCACUCCAGAGUUUUGCCCGGGUCUGUGUGGCGAGGAAUCCCCGCAAACGUCGAGCGUUCCGAGUAGGCCUCCCGAAGAAAGUUUGGUCGAGGGCCUGUCAACAACAUGUCCUCCGCCUCGCAGUCCUCCUCCAGACGCCAGUGGUGCUACCUGUGCGACCUGCCCAAGAUGCCGUGGGCCAUGUUGUGGGAGUUCAGCGAGGCCGUGUGUCGCGGCUGCGUCAACUACGACGGCGCGGACAGAAUCGAGCUGCUCAUUGAAACGGCGCGGCAGCUCAAGAGCUCCCACGGGGUCCUGGACGGCAGGUCUCCGGGUCCACAGCAGAGCAAGCCCGGCACGUCCGGCCCCAGCGAGCCCGCGAGGCUGCACGGGGAGCGUCUGGAGAGGGGCAGGGGUGAGUACGGGGUCUCCCCCCGGCUUCCAAACGGUCUCCACCGAGCGGAGGACGCGGCGCUGUCCGAGGGCAGCAGGCAGAGUCCCAACACUCGGCGGGCCAUGGCCGGCGCCGUCCCCGCGCUGCACGGGACCAUCUCUCAAGCCUUGAUAGCCCAGGGUCUGGUCCCGUCCCCGCAUGGUCUCCUCACUCCAUUACCGGGCUCCAGAAGCGGAGCCACGCCUAUUGCGGUGUCUGCUGGUCCCAUCAUGAGCGACGCCGCCGGCAGAAGACAAGCCGUGUCCCUGGGUGUCGGGGCCAGCACCUCCGCCCUGGUGGGCAUCGACCCUGCUCUGUGGAGGAACAGCGAGGUGAUGGCUGAACUGAACGAGGUGGCCCGGAACAAAGUGGAAGGCUGGCCCAACCGGCCCAAAGCCGUGCGAGAUGUUCUGGUGGCGCUCAGCAGCUGCGUCCCCUUCACCGUGCGCUUCAGGAAGGACCACAACCUCCUGGGACGGGUGCUGGCCUUCGACACCGGCGCCACUCCGGAGUUCGAGCUCAAGGUGUUCGUGGAGUAUCCGGCCGGCUCGGGAGUCAUCUUCUCAGGGGUCCCGGAUCUGGUCAGGCAGAUGUUCCGGGACUCGGCCAAAGACGCCGGGAAGGCGGUGAACUCCGGCUUACGCUAUGUGGAAUACGAGAAGCGGCAGGGCAGCGGGGACUGGCGCGGCCUGUCCGAGCUGCUGAAUGACGGCGUGCGGAUGUUUAAGGAGCCUCCCAUCCCGGAGGUCCUGCCACAGCCAGACACGGGGCUACCCAUGGCGGCGGCCGGACGCCCUGGACCGGCGAAGGGCUCGACUCGCCGCCGCAAACCUUCCCCGGGCUCUGAGAAUGGAGAGACGGAAGGGCGACCCGAUCACCAGUCCAGAGAGCUGUGGGCCCGAGGGGCGUACCCGGGUAUGGAGCCUCACCCGGGCAUGUCGGCUCCACCGGACGGUCCGCCCCGUCUCCACAGCCAGCCCUCGCCUAUCUCCUCGCUCAUGGGCGUCGCAGACAACCUCAGCUCCGCUCAGAUGGCCCGAGAGAGUCCCAGCAUGUCCUCGGCCCACUCCUCCACCACCGGCCGCCCCACCAGCAGCAGCAGCCCGUCCACCGCCGCCACCUCGGCCUCCCAGGCCGCCAUGGGCCAGGUGGGCCCCAGCAGCAACACUAACGCCGGCGAGUCGUCGAGCGGCGGCCAGGCCACGCUGCUCUGCUGCACGCUGUGUCGUGAGCGUUUAGAGGACACUCACUUCGUCCAGUGUCCCUCAGUGGGCCACCACAAGUUCUGCUUCCCCUGCACCCGGGGCUUCAUCCGCAGCCAGGGGCAGGGCGGCGAGGUGUACUGCCCCAGCGGGGAGCGCUGCCCCCUGGCCGGAUCCACGGUGCCUUGGGCCUUCAUGCAGGGGGAGAUCUCCACCAUCCUGGCCGGCGACGGAGACGUGACGGUGAAGAAGGAGAGCGACCCUUGACGGCGCUUCAUAUCAUGAACGGUACGUUCAAAGCUGAGACCCGGUAGAAGCACUUCCCCGUUCUCUCCAGCAGAGGUCAAUCAUGAUGACCUCUGAGGACAGAAGCGCUCUGGACUUCAGGAGGACAGUAAACUACACAAACACACUUACACAAAUAGACGGACUUCAGUCAAGAGAGACGCGUCCGGUGGUCUGCUACAGCACGUGUGAAUGUCGACCCCCCCUACUUCUCCUCCCUGUUCUCGAUCGAAAGCACACACCGUUUUAUUUCUAAUGACAAUCUUUGUGUUUUUAUUCCGCAUCAGUCGCCCUCACUCGGACUGGUCUCACCCCAAAACUACAAAAGAAUGUUGAAAUGUGGCAAAAAAAGCUUUUUCUUUUUUUUUUAAAAGCCAAGGAUUGAACGACGUUGAUCUGACAUUCGCUCUUCGCCUCUAUUGUACGUCAAAAAUGUGAAUUUACUUUGGAUAUGGCUGUAAUUUCUAUUUUUGAUACAACACAAAUUUCUAUGUAUUUGUUUAUAAGAAGACCAAAGAUGGCUUCCUGCUCGGCGUAACGUUUGUUUGAUCGUGUACUCACUCACCUCGCCGUCGCUCACUAACGUUCUCAUCGGUCAGCGAGGUCCACUUCUUCUUCUAUUUACCUUUUUUUCCACUCUAUGUACGCUAAGAUGACUAGCGCCACACUCUUCAAUGGUUAACCCUCAUAAUCGAUUCUACAAUAAAUGACUCAAGUAGACCAAGGUGAUGUGGAGUGUUUUCACCCUUUAUUCCUGAAACACAUGGUGAAACGGUGCAACGCAGCAGGUCAGACACAUGCAGAAGCUCCUCCCAGCACAGAUCCAACACACAAGAUUAUUUACAUUCAUCCCUUUUCAUUGUAAACACACAAAUCCGGUGGUAUAUUUUAGGCACCCUGGGUUAUAAAGACUUAAAAUCAAGGUCACGUCCACUGUGACCCUCGAAGAAAGUGGUCAUAGUUGCCGGUAAAGCUUCUCUGAAAUGAACGUGGAGCCACUCUGAUCUCAGUAAACAUCUCUAGUGGUUCUUCAGCAGGUCAGAUGGGACAGCCGCUGUCCCCCAGCGCCUCCUUCGCCCCCUUCAGCGUCUCCCUCUUCACACACUUCCAGUAGCCGGAGAAGCCGUUCUGGUGCUGCACCUGAAGGCACCACGCGGUGUGUCAGGUGUGAACCUUCUGGAUCGGGCGUCCACUCACCUUGAGGCCUCGCAGCACUCGGUCCUUCAUCACACCGAUGAACUCCUUGUGGCUCAGGCAGUUGUCCCCGUCCAUGUCAAAGAGCUUGAAGACAGUGUCCAGCACGCUCUCCGACAGGUCGUGAC